AUGAUUUUACCUCCAUCAAAGUACCACGCAUCCAAAGGUCAUGGAUUCACACCAGCACUUCAACGUGCAAGAAGGGCAUUCCUGGUUCGCAACUCAUUAACUGGAUUACUGUUGCUGGGAUUUGUCGGUGCCGUGUUUAAACAGGAUGAUUUAGGUGACAUUCCCUUGCCUCCGAUUCCGUCGGCCAACGACAAGGAGACAGCGAGUAAUCCCAAAUUAGAAAAGACUUAG